UGGCGUAUGUGCAAAUAAAUUCCAAAGUCCAACAUAGCGUAUUUUUGGUCACUUUUUAUAUCAUGAAAAAAUGAAUAACUAGUCCAACUAGUUAUUUUUGUAAAUACAUACAACGUGUUUCAGGUCCGGGAUGGCCCUAAAACGCAUUGUAUGUAUUUAAUAAAAUUCUACAAGUUAUCCAUUGUAGUUCCUACCUUGUUCCUGGGAGAUUUGGCAGCACGGGAGUACUUCCAAACCUAUCUAUUGUGCUCUCUUCAGUAUCCAGUGCAUGCCAGUUCGGCGUGGGAAACCUGCAGCAGCCGUGUAGCACCUCCGGUGUGAUCUUUGUUAAACCCUCUGAGCAUUGUGCCUUGUUCAUUGCACAACUAUACAAGGUAAGCAUAAUACUCACCGUCCUUUUUAUAUAUUCACCUGGUGAAUGGAAGCGCUCCUGUUCCCUACACAUGGAAGCGCUCCUGUUCCCUUUUGUUUUAUUUUAUUAUAUUCUGGUUUAAACCACUGCUAAAUCCACGUGUGACAUAACUGUGCCCUCUAUAGUGGUGAGAGGGGAACUACAAGUACCAGCAGACCCUGUGCCACACAACUAUACACACCCCGAGGCCGACAUGAUUCUAUGUUUCUACUUUGUAAUGUAAAAAAAUCUAAUAAACAUUCUUGAUAAAAGUCAUGAUUAUUACUACAGUAUUAAUAACUUUACCGAAAAAAAUGAUAGCAAAGUAUUUAUCUCAGGAAAGAAGAUGCAGAAAGUGAGGACUUUACCCUCAGGAGCUUCUAAAGCAGGAAGACAUGAUGUUAAUAUUUAUCUCAGUAGAGAACAAAGAUCAUAGAACCUAUAAUAAAGAACACACGGGAACACACCCUGCUGCCGGUAUCAUAGGUCACAUUGGCUUCUCUGCUUCUAAGUGGUGUCCACCAUGGCGUCUCCUGAUCUGAGAGAUGAGCUGGAUUGUUCUAUCUGUCUGAACAUUUAUACGAAUCCUGUAACCCUGAGAUGUGGACACAACUUCUGCCGGGACUGUAUUGAUCAGGUCCUGAAUACACAGAACAGGGCUGGAGUUUAUUCCUGUCCUAUAUGUAAAGAACAGUUUAAGAAGCGUCCGGCACUGAAAAGGAACAUCACUCUGUGUAAUGAGGUGGAGAAUUUCCGGUCUACUCAGCCACAUCAGGAGGAGAUCACCGGGAUCUACUGCACUUACUGUGUGGACUCUCCUGUACCUGCUGUGAGAUCCUGUCUGAUGUGUGAGGCUUCUCUGUGUGAUAAACACCUGAAAGUUCACAGCAAGGGACAAGAUCACGUCCUGACUGAUCCCAGAACUUCCCUGGAGAACAGGAAAUGUCUCAUUCAUAAGAAGAUCCUGGAAUAUUACUGCACUGAGGACUCUACUUGUAUCUGUGUGUAUUGUGCAGCAGAAAAACACAGAAGACACAGAGUGGAGAAGCUGGAUGAGGCCUCUGAGGAGAAGAAGAAGCUGAGAAAUGUUCUACAGAAUCUGAUCACAAAGAGAGAGAGAAGACUGAGGAAAGAGUCCAGAGUCUGGAGGAACGCUGGAGAAAAGCUCAAGAAAAAGCAUCUGGAGAAGCGGAGAGAGUCGCUGCUGCCUGUAAAGGCAGCAUACAGCGGUCCUUCAGCUGCGGAUCCGCAGCGUAAUACGCGCUGGGGAUCCGCUCUUGUGAACGUACCCUUAAAGGUCAUUAUAAGUCAACUGGCCACAGAAAGUUAAACAGAUUUGUAAAUUACUUCUAUUAAAAAAUCUUAAUCCUUCCAAUAAUUAUCAGCUGCUGAAGUUGAGUUGUUUUUUUCUGUCUGGCAACAGUGCUCUCUGCUGACACCUCUGCUUGUCUCGGGAACUGCACAGAGCAGAAGAGGUUUGCUAUGGGGAUUUGCUUCUACUCUGUACAGUUCCCAAGACAGGUGUCAUCAGGGAGAACAACUCAA